ACAGGGCACAGGCAGCUCCGGGCCAGGAGCUCGCGGCUCCGACAGCGGGUCAGGUGGGGCAAUGAGAUUUCAGCUGGAGCUCCGGGCAGCCUGCAAGCUAACCGAGCCGGAGGCAGCGGUGGCGGUCCAGAUUCCAGGGGAGCAGGCGCAGGAGCAGGAGCAGGAGCAGGAGCAGGAGGAGGUGGUGCCGGCACGAGCAUCCUGACAGUCGAUGAGGACACGCUGUCACUGGACCGGCUGAACUCGCUGCGCAUUUACAUGACGUCGGUGAAAACGCUGCCAUUCAAUUUACGCAUCUAUGGCGAGGAUUUGUUCUCGGAUCAGCUGUACAUGGACAUUGGACUCUCUGCUCGCCUGCUGCACAUCAUGGCCAACUCGACGAUCUUCGCCUCGGUCAUCUCGUACAAGAAUCUGAAGAGUUUCCUGCCCAAGACAUACUACACGCGUGGCAGCGACCCCCGGGAUUCUGAUUAUGUGCUGGCUUCGCGCAUCAUCCAAACCUGGCUCUUUCAGUCCAAUCGCUCCAACGACAACUUUCGCGAACCAUUGGACCUGCCCUUCGAGGCUGGUCACGUGAGAUCAUCUUUCAGCACGAGAGUGUGCCCAGAACGGGCGAUUGGGUGGCCGUUUGUGGGCACGACUACAAGGCCUCCUUCGAUUCCACGUGGCGCUCGGAUCUGUGCAUCACCAAGCAUUUGAUGGCCAACAUAACGCGUUGCAUCUGCCCCCUGUCCGGAACCUACGUGGUUAUGCUCACCAAGCGGCAGCAAAAUGCCUCACCGUCUCAUGUCCCGC